AUGCCUUGGAGUCCAGCUCAAAGGGUUCGACUGGCGGCAGAAAGGAACAAACUAGAUCGUUAUUUCCCUGGCUGUGUAAAAUGGAUCGAUCCUACCGGCGAUACGAAAGUAGAAGUCGCACUGAAAACAAACGACGACAACAAAUAUACGUUGAGAAUCUACAUUGGAAAUUUUCCAAAUUCAAUACCAGAAAUGGUUGUGGUUUCUUCGCCGAAACCGAUGCCUGCAGAUUGGGAAAAUAGUUCCGUCACUCAUACUCUGUCGAAACGCGAUGGGUAUUUACAAAUUUGUCAUUGGCACAGCAGUCAUUGGACGGAUCGCAUCUCGUUGCAUGAAGUCGUUUUGAAGGGACGUCUUUGGUUUGAAGCUUACGAAGGUCACAUCAGAACUGGGCAACCGAUGAGUUACUUUCUUCGGGAAAUGGUAUCAACGGGCUCGACGCGGUUGCUUUCGUCUUUUGUCAGGAAUGCCUUUCGACAGGAAACGGAACAACAAGAGUGCGUGAUUUCUUAA